GGGAGUAAUCAAUAGCCUUGGUGGGGAGGGGUUGUCGGCUGGUUUGUUUCUAUACACAUAUGUUUUCUUUUGUAUGUAUACUUAUCGCUCUGCGCAAGUGACGCGAACUCCCAUGUGUGCGAGCAUGAGGGGCAUGUGAACUAGUUUGUCGAAUAAGUGAAGGGGCAUAUUCGUGCCUAACGCACAGAGGAUAUUUGAUUUUCUUACUUGUUUGAGUCUACUCGUGAGAAGCCAUGGAUGAUAUAUCAAGAGUAGAAUCCGUGAACGCCCCAACUUCCGAAGAUGACUCUGAACAAGAGCAGCAGGGUUGUGGAGGCAGCUCUUGCUGCAACCCCAAGAGCUGCAUCUAUAGAUUCUGUGGACUUGUUUUGAUGUGCCUUUUAGGUUUUGGUUCCUAUUUCUGCUAUGACAAUCCUGCUGCCCUUCAGGAUAACUUUAUGCAAGAUUUAAAGAUAAAUACUAGUCAAUUUGUCUAUUUGUACUCAUGGUAUUCAUGGCCCAGUGUUGUUCUUUGUGUCGUGGGGGGAUUCCUCAUGGACAGAGUAUUUGGAAUUCGUCUGGGAACCGUCAUCUUUGCUCUGCUGGUUGUUAUUGGUGUGUCAAUUGUUGCUCUAGGAGCAAUUUUGAACAAAUUUUGGCUCAUGGUUGCUGGCAGGUUUAUUUUUGGAAUUGGCGGAGAAUCGCUAGCUGUAGCCCAGAACACAUAUGCAGUCCUUUGGUUCAAAGGCAAAGAGUUAAACAUGGUGUUUGGUCUCCAGAUGAGCUUUGCUCGAGUUGGGUCAACUGUCAAUUUCAGUGUGAUGGAGCCCAUUUACCGUUGGGUCAAUACCUAUUAUGAAGGAUACACUUGUACAGGAGUGGUACUUUUCUUUGCGUCUAUUACUACUGUUGUAUCUCUUCUUAGUACUAUAAUUUUGGCGUGGAUGGAUCGAAGGGCAGAAAGACUUUUGAAACGCAGAGAUAAUCAAUCUGGAGAAGUAGUACGCAUUACAGACAUCAAAGAUUUCCCUCUAAGCUUUUGGAUGAUAGCUCUUGUGUGUGUUGCAUACUAUGUUGCUAUUUUCCCAUUUAUUGCCCUUGGAAAAGUGUUUUUCAUCAGAAAAUUUAAUAUGACUCCUGAUGAAGCAAACACAGUGAACAGUAUUGUUUACACAAUUUCUGCUGUUUCUUCACCUCUCUUUGGUAUUGUGGUGGAUAAACUAGGUCGUAACUUGAUAUGUUGCUUUGUAUCUAUUCUUGUGACAAUUGCAAGCCAUGCAAUCUUAGCCUUCACAUUCCUCAAUCCAUUUAUUGGAACGUCUCUCAUGGGACUUGGAUAUUCUAUGCUGGCCAGUGGUUUGUGGCCAAUGGUGUCAAUGGUUAUUCCUGAACACCAGCUUGGAACUGCAUAUGGAGUCAUGCAAUCCGUUCAGAACUUAGGCCUUGCCUUGAUCACCCUAGUGUGUGGUAUUAUUGUUGAUAAUGGCGGAUACCUUAUGCUGGAGAUUUUCUUCCUUGCUUGCCUUUGUGUGGCUCUUGUCACAACAGUUGUGAUAUAUCUUUAUGAUUCAAAACAUGGAGGAAUUCUGAACAUGUCUGCUGACGACCGUGAGGUUUAUGAGAAGAACAGGAUUUCUGCGGAGGACCUUGAACGAGAGAAGUUAGUAGCUGCUGGAUCUAUGUCUGAUAUCACUCCUCAAGAUUUGCUUCAACCACAUUCCGAUUUCCACAUACGGAAUCGAUAUCUAUCUCGUAUUGGAGCGAAUCUACCAUCUCACUAUAAUGAGAACCAGAAAGGUCUUGCAUACAGAGCCCUACGAUAAAACAGUGAUGUGUUGACAGAGUAAUACCAAAGUUGGAGUGUCAUGAUGACAAAUGGCAUUUUGUGAAGAAAAAAAAGAUUUUCCUGCUUGAUAUGUAACUGUGAUAAGUUUCAACUGCGUAGCACCAUCUUGCCCAAUUAUUUGGCAGUGUUUCGUGAUUUAUUUUUACAUCUGUGUUUUGUUUAAGUUUAUUUUGUAGUCCAUAUAGUUUAUAUCUAUGAACAAAAGUUACACAAAUGUGGUUCGAUUUUUGGACCAGGAUUGACAUUAGGAGAGUGACUUAUGGCAAAAUGUUUGUAGCUACCUACCUAUUUUGUUUGGUUUUCUAGCAGGAUAAAGAUUUCUUGAAGACGAUGAAUUGAUUUUAAUCCAUUCAAAUGUUAUAUAUUUGACGUUCUUGGAAGUCAUCUUAUUUUUCCUCUCAAUGGCCAUAUUUUUAAAAUGAUGAAAUCAAUUAUCCAGAAGAAUCUCGCGGAAAAGUUUUACUGACACUAGUUCCAGAGAGAAAUAACUGUGUAAUUAUUUAUUAACAUUCCAAUUUAAUUAUGAGUAAAAAGAAGAUGUAUGUUAUGACAGAGUUGUAUUUUUGUGGGACUUUUAACUAUGGUUAUUUUAGCAGAUAGUUGCCAAUAUCAAUUCUUGUGAAACCCAACACAUUUCAUAAUCAUGUCUUAAAUUAUUAGAUUGAUAGUUGACUGCUAUGCUUGGUGUGUUAUGUAAAACCAAAUGAACUGACAUCAAGACAAACUAUGGGCUCAGGGGGAAUUUGCAUUUUAUGUGGAAAGUGUUCUGGCAUUCCUGCUUAUUUUACUGAAUCUCUAAAGUUGUAUAUCACUCGUCAGUAGCAAUUUCUAUCAAUUGAUAAGUGGGCCAAAGUGCAUAUACACUUUAGCAAAAGAAUAUUUUUGAAACCCAUUUAUUAGUGCUGUAGACUAAUUUUACCUAAACAUUGUGUGUGGGAAAAGGUUUUAUGGCAACUGAAUUUCCUCAAUUAGUCCUUUUUGCCCUCUUGAGUUUACUUUUAGUCACAUAAACUUGCAGAAACUGUACAAUUUUUUUACUGGAUUGCAUACAGAAGUCAUUUUGUUUUAAGUGUUAGAUGUGUAGUCAUAUCUUGAAAUUUGCAUGACUUAAUGUAAUUUGAAAUUGAAUUUAUUUUUUACUGUUGAAGUGUUCUUUUUUCAGUAUUAUGGCAGGUCAUUGCUUCUAUCAAGGCGUGUGAUGUGUAAUAUUAAGAAAACCCUUUGAGUGUAACCAUAUCUAGGUGUGAAAGUUGCUGUCUGAUUUUUUUAAUUUUAAUGCAUAGAUGUGUGCGCUUGAGAGGUCAAGUUUAUCACAGUUUGUGGAGGGGUGUUUUUUCAUGUUCCUUUGUGAAUACCCAAGUAUACCUACAUAUAUAUCUAUACAUAUUCUACCAACAUGUUUGUUGUGUACUAGUAUUAUUACAUUUUGUUGUAUUUGCAUGCUUGAAAAUUAUGGACAUCCUACAUUUUAUUGAGAUCCUUGCAUUAAUACCUAAUAGAUAUCAGUGCAAAAGUGUGCCAACUAUCUCAUAUUAACACAUAUAUAAGAGAUUAUUCUAUGUUGUUGAUUGGAGACCUUUCACACUUGCUUCUGUUUGGCUUGCACACUGUCUUAGACCUAUUUUGACUAGCUGUACAUUUUGUACCUUAAAUCUUCCAACAAGUCUGCCCAAAUAGAAGGGAGUUAUAAUUUGUGAGUUAACCUGUUCUCUUAUACAAGUCUAUGAAAUGGCUGCAUCAUCAUAUAUUUUAACGGUAAUAAAUUUCUGAAUCAUGAAGUAAGUCUUCAAUUGUAAUGUAAA